ACGGGAAACUCCAAGUUCAUUGCGUGCUCCUGCCUAUUGGCUUCUACCACUUUCCAAUUCAAAUUCGUUUUUGAUUCUGCUAAUGGCGUCCACGAAAGCCCUAGCGCGCCGCCUCUUCAACGCCUCCAAUCGGCUAUUCUUCAACACUUCCUCCAAUAACCUCCCACUCGAUCCCAGAGAUCAUGGAAUAUUCCGGCGAUUCCUUCAUCAGAGGCCCAAUUUUUCCCCUCCCUCCACAUUCACCCCAUCGCUUCCCUCAUUGCCGAUUGGAUUCGGGAAUGCCAUGGAGCAGCUUGUUUCUCGCGACAGGAUUCAUCUAGAUGGAUUGAAGCCGCCAGCGCCGGGUGAAUUGGAUGGACUCACGGUGGAGGAGACGAGGAAGUUGGUGAGAUUGGCGGAGGUGGUUAGAAUGAAGAGGAAACUGAAGGACGUUCCGACGAGCCAGAUUACGUAUCGGGAAUUUGUUCGAAUUUGUGGUGAAGAUUAUUCAGAUGGAGAUGAAGAUUAUGGCGUUGAAUUGGCCAAGAGGCUUGAUGAGUCCGGUGCCGUUAUCGUUAUCGGAAACGUCGUCUUCCUCCAUCCCGAACAGAUCGCAAAAUCAAUCGGUUGCUUGAUUCCAACGCUAGGAAUGAACAGCGAAGACCCAAUAAGUAAGAAGGAGCUAGAAGAAUUGGAGAAAGAGAAGGCGAUGAUCGACGGGAAGGCCGGGCGCCAAGUCCGCCGCGAGCUGCGGUGGGGGCUAGGGUUUCUGGUGGCUCAAACGGUGGCGCUGAUGAGGCUGACAUUUUGGGAACUGAGUUGGGACGUGAUGGAACCCAUAUGCUACUUCAUAACGUCCACAUAUUUCAUGGGUGGGUACGCCUUCUUUUUGACCACUUCCAGAGAGCCUUCUUUUGAAGGUAUCUACCAAAGCCGCUUCGUCGCCAAGCAGAAGAAUCUGAUGAAGCUCCACAAUUUUGAUGUCCAUAAAUACAAUCGCCUCCGUAGUGAUUCAAAUCCUCAAAUUGCAUAAGGGGUAUACAGAAGAUGACCAUUUUUGUCACUUUUCACAUGAGUUCCACCCAUUCUUAAAUGUAAAAAUACUUACUUUUAGGUUUAAUCCUCUCUAA